CUAACUACAAGUUUGCAGGGGCAGCUCAUCAACUACCGUCAGUUCGAAGGAGGCCCGAGCGUUGAUCAUUGACCAAUUGACCCUCUGUGACGUACGAGUCCGGCAGGGGACGUCAUUCCGUCGUUGCAGCCUGAUGGUUCUUGGCAUUGCGGAUGGCUAUGGUGGACAAUUCUCGCAAGUAGGGCUCUGAUCGCAGCAGCGCAUCCGCGAUAUGCUAGUCCUCUAUUCGAAAGCUCCGUCCAUAACUACGAUACCAACCUCAAUAAGCCCUUGGAAUUCUAUCAACCCUAUGAUCGACUCUACCUAUUGGUGGAAUGGUCUUGAUCUUACCACGGAGUACGCGAGUCCAUUAUCAAUCCCUAAGCAUAUAGUUACAAAGGAAUUGUCUCCUCCCCAAGUUCAUUCGUACCUUCCCCUAGCGGCAAAGGAUCCGAACCCGCAGCAGAAUCAUAAUCCUGAGGGUUUUUCGAUUCGUAAAUCGGCUAGAUGAAGCUAUUUAAUGCAUGAAAACCCUAAUCUAAGGCCGAAUAACAAAAGACAGUCUACUACUUGUCGCACAAAGAGUACCAGUAGCAGCGGCAGUCAUUCAACCCAACAGAGCAACGAUCGCGUUAAAAAAAAAAGUCGAAGAACGAAAUCGCAUUACGGCGCCUAAGUUCCGUAUCAAGCAGAGGGAAGAGGUAUCGAGACUCACGUCUCGCACGCAGGAACUAGCACGUGUCCACCGCGAGCUUUCCACUUGCGUAGCCGACUUAUCCCUCGAGGUAUAUGAGCUUAAGAUACAAAUCUUACAGCAGUUGGGGUGUAACUGCCCUCUCAUGCAGAACUACCUCGCCCAUAAGUCCCAACGGUAUGUGAAAGCGUUGAUAGUGGAG